GAAAUCGGAACUUUGGCGGGGAAGCCGGAGCUAGGCCUGGCGACAGGCUGGUGACUCAAGGUAACGCAGAUCUGGUUUGGGGAAAGCGUCGGGGCUGACCCCUUUCGGUCAAGUGUCUUACACAAUGGCGGAGGAUGAACUGGCCCUCUUUGAUAAAAGUAUAAAUGAAUUCGGAAGUAAGUUCAUAAACAUUUUCAGUGACACCCCCUGUCAGAUGGUGGGUCUAAGAGAUGCCUACAAGGACUCCAUUAAAGCACUUGCAGAAAAACUGUCGGUGAAAUUGAAGGAAGAAGAACGAAUGGUUGAGAUGUUUCUGGAAUAUCAAAAUCAGAUUUGCAGGCAGAAUAAGCUCAUUCAAGAAAAAAAGGAGAAUCUAUUAAAGUUGAUCACUGAAGUAAAAGGCAAAAAGCAGGAACUAGAAGUACUAACUGCAAAAAUCCAGGAUCUUAAGGAAGAAUAUUUUAGAAAGAAAGAAACUAUUUCUAGUGCUAACAAAGCUAAUGAAGAGAGAUUGAAAAGACUACAGAAAUCAGCAGAUUUGUAUAAAGAUCGACUGGGACUAGAAAUUAGAAAAAUUUAUGGUGAUAAACUGCAGUUUAUAUUCACUGGUAUUGACCCUAAGCAUCCUGAGAGUCCAUUUAUGUUUUCCCUGCAUCUAAAUGAAGCAAGAGACUAUGAAGUUUCAGAUAGUGCUCCUCAUCUUGAGUGCCUAGCAGAAUUUCAAGAGAACGUAAGGAAGACUAACAAUUUUUCAGCUUUUCUUGCCAAUGUUCGGAAAGCUUUUACCACUAUGGUUUAUAAUUAAUGUAUAAAUAGUAUUUAAAAGCAGUUGGAUUUUCUUUUCUGUCAUGUCUUUUUAUAAAAGAAAGUCCCAUCUAUUUUCUGA